GGCGCGAGGGGUCCCGGCUUGUUGAUGCCCGGUUUUCUGUAGGAUCCCAAAAAGCGAAUCAGUUGGCUGGUACCCUCAGCGACUAUACACAGUACUAGCUUGCUUGUAGAUUAUAUAUCUUGCCAAGUUGGCUCAUCUCUCUUCCCAUACGCCUGUCAUUUCCCAUUUCAAAAGUUAUACAACUGCUCUCAUCUUCUUUUCUUUUGCCCCCCAAUAUAUUCAUGGAUCUUCUCAUGAUAUUUUACUCUCUCGCUAUAUUCUACCUCGUUUUCUUGGUGUGGAAGAUAUUUGAUGAUCGGAGAGACGGGGAGUGCUAUAUCCUAGACUACCAGUGCUACAAGCCAAGCGAUGACCGAAUGCUCAACACCAAGCAGUCGGGGGAGAUCGUGUUUAGGAACACGAAUCUUGGGCUCCUGGAGUACAAGUUCCUCUUGAAAGCUAUCGUGAGCUCAGGCAUUGGGGAGCAGACUUACGGCCCAAGGGUCAUCUUCGAGGAAAGGGAGGACAGCCCGGCUCUCGAGGACGGGAUCUUAGAGAUGGAGGAAUUCUUCUACGAUAGCAUUGGGAAGCUCCUAGAUCGCUCCUGUGUUUCGCCUUCGGAGAUUGAUGUGCUCGUGGUCAACGUGUCCAUGCUCGCCUCGGUCCCUUCACUCUCUUCUAGGAUUAUUAAUCACUAUAAAUUAAGAGACGACAUCAAGGUGUUCAAUCUUAGUGGAAUGGGGUGUAGUGCAAGUCUUAUUUCGGUUGAUGUAGCGCGGAACAUUUUUAAAUCCUACAAAAAUGUGCAUGCACUCGUUGUGACCUCCGAGUCUUUAAGUCCGAACUGGUAUUCCGGCAAUGACAAGUCGAUGAUCCUUGCAAACUGCCUUUUCCGGACGGGUGGAUGCGCCAUGCUCCUGACCAACAAGAGGACCUUGAAGGACCGUGCCUUGUUCAAGUUGAAGUGCCUCGUGAGGACCCACCAUGGCGCAAGGGAUGAAUCGUAUGGAUGCUGCAUACAGAUGGAGGAUGACCAGGGACGGCCCGGGUUCUACUUGGGCAAGAUCCUCCCAAAGGCUGCCACUCAAGCUUUCAUUGACAAUCUCAGGGAAAUAGCACCGAUGAUAUUGCCCGUGUCGGAGCUGCUCCGCUAUGGGAUCCUAUCAAUGAUCCGAAAGAUGAGAAGCGGCUCCGCGAAGGUGGAAGCUCCGAAGCCCAUGAUCAACUUCCAGACGGGGGUCGACCACUUCUGCAUCCACACUGGUGGGAAAGCUGUGAUCGAUGGGAUCGGACUGAAUCUCAAGCUGAACGAGUAUGACCUGGAGCCUGCAAGGAUGACGCUCCACCGUUUUGGGAACACGUCGGCGAGCAGCCUUUGGUACGUGCUUGCUUACAUGGAAGCAAAGAGGAGGUUAAAGAAAGGUGACAAGGUGCUGAUGAUAAGCUUUGGGGCAGGGUUUAAGUGCAACAGUUGCCUGUGGGAGGUGGUAAGGGACUUGGGAAGUGGGAAUGUGUGGGAAGAUUGCAUCGACGGCUACCCGCCUAAAACCCUAGUCAAUCCUUUCAUGGAGAAGUAUGGUUGGAUCAACCUGCAAUGAUCCGAGCUUCGUAUUCAGCGAUCAUAAUAUAUCAAAUAUGUCUUCUCGGAUCCAAUGAUAUAUGACGAUCUCAGGUUCAGCAGUGACCCGUCAUAGUCACACAGAAGGAUAUACAAGUUCCCUUAAUUUCAAUGUGGCAUUGUUCUUAUAUUCAGGGAAUUUAUCCAUCAUAUUGUCACUAGAUUUGGCUAAUGUUACUGAUGCAAUUUCAGCUGUAUCGCUAUAAGUUCUUUUCCCCAAAGAUAUAUUAAUUAUUGCGUCUAUUUAUGGAA